AUGCUCAGAAUCACCCCACGCAGGUUCCAGCACCUCUCCGGGCUCAGAGGAUGCAGAAAUUUGACCUUUAGCCACUUGCGGCUCCAGGAAGCCAGGAAACCUAACCAAAAUGAAAAAACGACAUCUUCUCCGUCAACUCAACCGACCUCAUCAGAGCCCACUACAUCUACACCGAAACCCCAAAAACGCCCUUUGAGUAGAGUCGCCAUUGGAGGAUCGCAGAAUACCGACAAGAAAUACGCCGCAACAAACAGCGUUGAGUUUUCUGCUUGGAAAGCUGUUGUUUUACUUGUUGCACUUGGUGGUGGAGUCACCUGGUGGUUUGCCAAAGAAAAAGAAAGAUUGAGGAUUCAAAAGGAAGUGGAAUCAAAGCGGGGACAUGGAAAGCCUUUGAUUGGAGGUCCUUUUGAUCUUAUUGAUACCGAGGGAAACCAGUUUACCGAUGCCAAUUUGAAAAAUGACGAGAAGAAGUUUUCCAUUAUUUACUUUGGAUUUACUCAUUGCCCUGAUGUGUGUCCCGAUGAACUCGACAAGUUGGGAGAGAUGCUUGAGGAGCUCAAAAAUGAAAACGGUAUCGAAUUGCAACCAAUUUUUAUAACUUGCGAUCCUGCUAGAGACACCCCUGAUAUCAUCAAGCUCUACUUACAAGACUUCCAUCCUUCGAUUAUUGGUCUUACAGGAACUUACGAAAAGAUAAAGCUGGCCUGCAAGAAGUAUCGUGUUUACUUUUCAACUCCACCGGAUGUCAAACCUGGACAGGACUACUUGGUGGACCACUCCAUUUUUUUCUACCUCAUGGAUAGCGAGGGAGGUUUUGUCGAUGUUAUCGGAAGAGAAGCUACCGCUAAGGAAGGUGUGGAGAAGAUUAAGAAACAUGUGGAUGCUUUCAUUCCUCAAAGCGAAAGAGAGGCUCGCCAAUCGUCAUGGCUCUCCUUCUUGUACAAAUGA